UGAUCGACUCUUUAGUGGCGAAUACAUGGUGGUUCCCUUAGAUGUUCUGGGACGUACGGUCGUAAAACUUCAUCAUGACGAGGAAUCCCAAGCAGUGUGGUCAAUGAUGUCAAUAACUAAGAAGACUCGUCCUGAUUGCCUGAUUGAAAAG